UUCGUCAAUUGACAUUUCCAAUCUGUAUUUACAAAAUAUUUUUGGAAUAAUUAAAAUUUCUAGAGCAAAGAACCAAAAUCCUGUGUAAAACGUCUUAAAUUCUAGGAAAAUGUCGACCCCACCACGUGAAACAAUCCAAAAACAAAUCCAGCAAGAUUGGGCUAAUAGAGAGUACAUAGAAGUGAUUACAGGAAGCAUAAAGAAAAUUACCGAUUUCCUCAAUUCAUUUGAUAUGUCCUGCAGGUCACGUCUGGCAACCUUGAAUGAGAAACUAACUUCUCUGGAAAGGAAGAUUGACUAUCUGGAAGCUUGUGUAACAAAAGGAGAAACGCUGACAUAAACUUUCAAGGAAUGAAUAAACAAAUAAUUAAUCUUUGAUAUGUUACGACACACAAUUAUUCCUACAAAUACUCCUGGAUCUACACACUGCCUUAUCUUUUGAAAAACAAUGUUAUAAUCAUGAUAACCAAGACUUUCAACAUUAGAAACUAUAAUGUUCUUUUUGUUACUUUAAUAUUUUUGGCCAGAGUGAGGGAUAAAUUAGAGAUGGUGCAAUAGAGUUAGGUCACCAGGCUAAAGUAAGCUAUAAAGAGCAUCACCCUUCCAAAAUAUAGAUAUAUACAUGUGUAGGCCCGUAGGGUUGCAAUAACUUCUAGGAACCAAUACAGGAUGUUUUCUCUUGCAAUGCCCAAAAGCAGACAUGCUGCUUUUCAACUACACCAUAUAUACAAUGGCAUGCUAUGUACAUAUGGUGUAGUAUUUACAUGUAAGUAACCUCAUCCAUAUCAAAAGUAUAAAAUAAAAAGUGCAGAAAUAAUUUUGUACUGUAAAAGUUGCUAGGAAACAGGUGAUUUGCUUUAUUCUGUCACAAGUUAGAAUAGUAUUUAUGGAUUGGAAAAUGUUCAUGCUUGAAUAGCUACUGCUGAGUUUCUUGCCAGCUUUCUUCUCUGCAGAUGCUGCUUUUCAAACCGAAAUAGUAGAGACAAUAUGAACAGGCCGUCUAGACUUUUAAAGUUAGUAGGCCUAUUUAAAAGAAAUAUUUUAUGUAUUUAGUUUUGCAACAUCAAUCAGUAUCAUCUCUAAAAUUACCACUCAACUCUGAAACAACAGUAUAAAUAUAAUUUCUGUGUUUUAUCAAAUUGUUUAUAAGAUUUAUUUUU